GUCGUUUUAAUAUUGAACACGUACACAUAUGCGAAACGUCCAAAGCUGGUGUCUGGAGUGGUACAAAUAUUAGUGUACGAUGUUGUCAGUGUACAGAGUGUCUUGUAUCUACCGACGUAGCCGCUAAGAAGGAAAACAUUCGUAGCUAAGAAGAAAAACCUUCGUAAGUACCUUCGUGAAUCUGGCCCCUUCGUAGCAAAGCUACUUACGAAGAAAUACAUGGAGCUUCGUGAAUCUAGGUCAAGAAUCUCAGAUACAAGCUAGGGAAAUUGUGGCUCUCAGUUAAGGUAUUCUGGGGAAUUCUUGGGAUUUUAAAAUUUUCCAGCAGUGUGUCCAUUGUGAAAGUGGCAACACUGCCGUAGACGUCAACAUUGGCUGUGAGCUCUCACAGUCUUGGCCUCAUAACCUCACUCAUUCAAGACUUCUGCUUAUUUACCCACCAACAAUUGGUGUGGUAGAGAACCAGUACUACUUCACUUCAGAAAAUCAACAACAACAAUGCAUCUACAUCUUCAUAGACUAGGAUUAAAGUGCUCAUGAGUUGUUGUUAAUGGCUUACUCUCAUCAACAGCUGUUCAUAUUCAGUCACUGCUGUGUUGAAACGGAGUGAAAAUCCUGUGAAACUACAUAAAUCUUCAGUGUGUUCACAAGAAAUUAACAAAAUAAAUUUUCAUUAAAAGUAAAUUCAUACAAAAACUGAACUACAAUGUUUAAUGCAUCUUAAAGCUAUGUCUAAUAAAUGUGAGUAACAUUUUAUGAUGGCUCAUGCAGAAAAAAAUUUAAACUAAAUAAUUUGUCAACCAUUUGAAAGUAGAAAAGAUAUGUCAGUGUUGAAAGUGUAAAAGAUAUUUCAUUAAUUUUUAAUAUACAAAACUUCAUGUAAAAGAUAAGUUAUAUUUAGUGUCUGAAAUAUUUUAAAUUUAACUCUAGUAAAGCAUAUUAGAGUUCAUGCAAAAAUGAAACCAUAUCAGUGUUCAGAGUGUCUUAAUAGCUUUCAACAAAAAUCACAUCUACUACAACAUAUGAGAAUUCACACAGGAGAGAAACCACAUCAGUGUUCAGUGUGUCCAAAAGGCUUCACACACAAAUCAGCUCUGGUAGAGCAUAUGAGAAUUCAUACAGGAGAGAAACCUUAUCAAUGUUCAGAGUGUUUAAAAUGCUUUUCAGCUAAAGCAACUCUUGUAAAUCAUAGAAGAGUUCAUACAGGAGAGAAACCAUAUAAGUGUUCAGAGUGCCAGAAAGGCUUUUCACAAAAGGCACAUUUAAUCCAACAUUUGAGAGUUCAUACUGGGAAAAAACCAUAUCAGUGUGAACAUUGUUCAAAAGGCUUUUCACAAAAGUCAUUAUUAAUUCAACAUAUAAGGGUACAUACAGGUGAGAAACCAUAUCAGUGUUUAAUGUGUAUAAAAUGUUUUUCACAAAAGCCACAUCUAGUGCAGCAUAUGAGAGUUCAUACAGGAGAGAGACCAUUUCAGUGUUCAUUGUGCCUGAAAGAUUUUUCAGACAGGUCAGCUCUAGCACGACAUAAAGUAGUUCAUACAGGUGAAAAGCCUUAUCAGUGUACAGUUUGUCUCAAUGGCUUCUUACAAAAAGGAACUCUAAUAAAACACAUGAGAAUUCAUACUGGAGAAAAACCAUAUCAGUGUUCAGAGUGUAUAAAAAGCUUUACACAAAAGGUGCAUCUAGUGCAGCAUAUGAGAGUUCAUACAGGAGAGAGACCAUUUCAAUGUUCAUUGUGCCUGAAAGAUUUUUCAGAUAGAUCAACUCUAUUACGACAUAAAGUAGUUCAUACAGGAGAAAAACCAUAUCAGUGUUUAGAGUGUCUAAAAAACUUUGCACUUAAAACCAGCCUAGCUAAUCAUAUGAAAGUUCACACAAAAAAAAAUCAUAUUAAUGUUCAAAGUGUCUUAAAAGCUGUGCACAAAAAUUGCAUCUAGUGCAGCAUAUGGAAGUUCACAUAGGAGAAAACCUAUUCCCAUGUACAUGUGAAUAAAAGGCUUUGAAAACAAGCAAAAAAGCAAAAUCUAGUUUAACCUACUAGAAUUUAUAUAGGAGAAAAUGUGGAUUUUCAAGAAGCUUUUAUGGACAGGAGCCAUAGUAGGAGUCCUGUUGUCCACUUGUAAUAUUGGGACCUGAACUGUAUUUAGUGGUUAAUUCUAUUGUUGGGCCUGGAAUUAUGAGCAUAUACAAAGUGACAUAGGAUAAUCUUACUUAACCAUACUGGUUUAGCACUUCAAUUUUUUUUAACUAUGUGACAAAUAUAAUUUUGAUGAAUGUUUGUAAAUCUUUGGGUUUUCAUGAAGAGCUGGUGUAAUAUUGCUAUGUUGUAAAAAUUAGCUUUGAUUGAAGUUAAAACUAACAGAAGCAGCUGGUUUGGGCUCCCAGCCAGUCAGCUUGCUUGCUAGCCAGGGAUUUGGUUCUUUCCCAGCUCGCCGAGUUCGGGUUCUUGGUGAACUGGAGGAAG